AGACUCUCUCUACCUUCCAUUCACACAUGCCACUUCCACUUACACGCGAUCCUUCAAUUUCUCUCCUUCUCCUUCUUCCUCUUCUUUUCACCGCUCCCCAUUGUUCCAUGGCGGAGCGGGCUACAUCACCGCCGCCACCACCACCACAACCUACCCUUAUCCUUCAUGACCCUGUUAUUUCUCAAUCUCCACCCAUUUUUGAGUCUGGCACAUACGUUGUUCAAGUCCCUAAAGAUCAAAUCUAUCGUGUUCCUCCGCCAGAAAAUGCCUUAAUUGUUGAACGCCACCGUAAUCCUCAGCAAAAGAAACGAACGCGUUACUGUUCCUUUUUCUGCUGUUGUUUUUUAAUUGUAGCCACUGCUGUUAUCGCCAUCGCCCUUGGCAUAGGCCUUUCUUUUGCUUUCUUUAAGUCCAAGAAUCCUGAAUUUAGAGUUCAACGUUUUAUUGUCAAGAAUAACACAUCUCAUCAUUAUCCCGAUUAUGACAUUACGUUAAAAGUGAGAAACCCCAAUGACAAAUCAGACAUUUUGUAUAUGCAAGGUGGGGUUGCUUCACUUUUGUAUAAGGAUCAAAAAAUGGCAGCAGGAAAGUUUCCAACCUUUCAUCAGGACAACAAGAAUUCAACCUACAUUGGUAUAGUACUUAAAGGGCAAAGCAUUAAGGGUGCAAAACCAAAAAUGCAUGUCUCAUUCUCUCUAAAGAUUGGCAUUCCGGCGAAAAUGAAGACGAGUAGCUUCAUAUCUGGGGAAGUAAAAAUUGUUGUUAAAUGUGAGUUUAUGGUAGAUACUUUGGCAAAAGGAACGAGAAUACUUUCUCAGCAAUGUCAAACCAAUCGCUAGCAUAUAUAUGCAAACAAGCAAGAGAAUUAAAUCUUUUAGCAAGUAAUACAUUUCUAUCAGCCAGCUAGCUAGGUGGAUUGAUUUCCGUUAUUAUUUUUCUGAUGAUGAUGAUGUGAGGAAACUGGAACAAGCGAUAUUUGCUAGUCAGAAUCUGGAGUCCUAGAAUUAUAAUCUUCUUGUACAAUUUAUGCUGCGAUUUUCUUAUUCAGCUGGCCCUUAUUUUCUGAUCCAGGUGCUUGUAGGAUUUUAUUUUUAUGAGUUAACUAGUGUCCCAUUUUUUACAAACCAGACUUCUUUCGUUCUCUAAUCUUAAUUGCUUCCACUCUCAUUCCUUUAACCAAAAAAUGAUGAAUCGGCUACGCCAACAUAAAUCCGGGCUUGAAUUUAACAAUGUUGGUUGGUGAUACAACCAUAUAUUUCAUAUCAUGUGCAAUUCAUGUGCCCUUCACAAAUCUCUUCUCCAUCCUUUAGAUAAACCACCGGACUCUUACUGCUGGUGCUUGGUUCUCGGAGUGAAGAGGGUAGCCAUCAUCUUUCUUUUCUUCGGUGAUACUCUUAUGAGCGAUUCAGACCGCAUUUUCUGGACAGAGAGACGGCUAGUCUGAUUCAGAUGAAUUUGUUGACAAUUUUAUUUCCAUUUGUCUUCCAUAUGAAUCAUAUUGGAAAUAGAUAUGGAGACUUCAAAUUUCUGAAACUUUUAAAUAUUUCAUUUGGUUAGCUCUUCGGAAGUAAGGAAGUUAUCAUGAAUUGUGGAUGAUAUUUGGCAUAUGUGAUUAUAGUAUGGAAUCAAUAUCAAACUUUUGGAUUUAAUA